AACUUGGGAAGGGGCAGCAUAACGCCGAAUCCAAACAGACCUCUCCACUGUCCUCGAAGCUCCACCAACGAUCACACCAAAAUCUCGAUCGUCUUCUUCCCUUCCGUUCCAAUUUUCGUCGAAGAUCCCACAAUGGAGCCCGAUGUGAGCAUCGAAACCGGCUCCAUGAUCAGAGUGGCGGUGCUUCCGGUCGGUUCAGUUCCGCCGACUCUACUGCGGGACUACUUGUCCAUGCUUCUCCGUCAUCAAUUGAUUCCACUUUCCGCCAUAAGUUCUUUCUACACCGAGCAUCAGAAAUCCCCCUUCUCCCAUCAACCUUGGGACUCUGGAAGUCUUCGUUUUAAGUUUAUUCUCGGUGGAGAUCCGCCUAACCCUUGGGAAGACUUCCAAUCCAACCGCAAGAUCCUUGCUGUUAUUGGUAUCUGUCACUGUCCUUCUUCUCCUGAUCUUGAUUCUGCUAUUGACCAGUUUAAUGCCGCCUGUAAGAGUUAUACUUCCGCGCUUGUUGAACGAUGUUUCGCCUUUUGUCCCGAUGAUUCUCAGCUUGAAGAAGGCAGCAAAAAAGGAGGGAAUUUGAGGUUGUUUCCUCCAGCUGACCGGCAAACUCAGGAGUUUCAUCUGAACACAAUGAUGCAAGAUAUUGCAGCUUCUUUGUUGAUGGAAUUUGAGAAAUGGGUCCUUCAAGCAGAGUCUGCUGGAACUAUUUUGAAAACCCCCUUGGAUUCUCAAGCAAGUCUCAGCUCAGAGGAGGUUAUUAAAGCCAAAAAGAGAAGGCUUGGUCGUGCUCAGAAGACAAUUGGUGACUAUUGUUUGCUGGCAGGAUCGCCAGUUGAUGCUAAUGCUCACUAUUCUACUGCAAUCGAUCUUGCUAGGUUAACUGGGGACUAUUUUUGGUACGCGGGGGCUUUGGAGGGAAGUGUCUGUGCCUUACUGAUUGAUCGAAUGGGUCAAAAGGAUUCAGCUCUGGAGGAAGAAGUCAGAUACAGAUACAGUAGUGUCAUUUUGCAUUACAGGAAGUCGUUUAUACAAGAUAACACCCAAAGGGUUUCACCCCUAAGUUUUGAACUUGAGGCUACUUUGAAGUUGGCUAGAUUUCUUUGCAGGAGUGAGCUGGCUAAAGAGGUUGCAGAGUUAUUAACCAGUGCAGCAGAUGGUGCUAAAUCUUUGAUUGAUGCCAGUGAUAGAUUAAUAUUAUAUGUUGAAAUAGCUCGUUUAUUUGGUUCUCUUGGUUACCAGCGGAAAGCUGCUUUCUUUUCGAGGCAGGUUGCUCAGUUAUAUUUGCAACAGGAAAAUAGACAUGCUGCUGUUAGCGCCUUGCAAGUCUUGGCCCUGACAACAAAAGCUUAUCGUGUACAAAGUAGAUCAUCUGAGAUGGACGAUUCUUUCUCCCAUAAUAAGGUAGGCCUGAGUAAUUCUGAUUCUGGAAAAAUGCACCAUCAGUCAUUAGUAUCUUUAUUUGAGUCUCAAUGGAGUACUUUGCAAAUGGUUGUAUUAAGGGAGAUUCUACUGUCUGCUGUCCGUGCUGGAGAUCCUCUUGCUGCAUGGAGUGCUGCAGCACGACUACUUAGAUCUUAUUAUCCUUUAAUAACACCAGCAGGGCAAAAUGGCCUAGCAAGUGCCCUUUCAAAUUCCGCAGAUAGGUUACCAUCAGGCGUUCGCUGUGUCGAUCCUGCCUUACCUUUCAUAAGGUUGCAUUCCUUCCCUCUCCAUCCUUCACAAUUAGACAUUGUAAAACGCAAUCCAGAUAAGGAAGACUGGUGGGCAGGAUCUGCCCCUUCUGGACCUUUCAUUUAUACUCCAUUCAGCAAAGGAGACACGUCAAAUAACAACAAGCAGGAAAUGGUUUGGGUUGUUGGCGAACCAGUGCAGGUCUUGGUGGAAUUAGCUAACCCAUGCGGCUUUGAGUUGAGGGUCGAUAGUAUAUACCUCUCCGUGCAUUCGGGAAAUUUUGAUGCUUUUCCAGUUUCUGUGAAUCUUCCUCCCAAUUCAUCGAAGGUGGUUACUUUAUCUGGUAUUCCAACUUCAGUUGGGCCAGUGAGAAUUCCUGGGUGCAUAGUACAUUGCUUUGGUGCAAUAACUGAACACCUUUUCAAGGAUGUUGACAAUCUACUCAAUGGAGUAGCUCAAGGACUUGUUCUUUCUGACCCAUUCAGGAGCUGUGGGUCCAUGAAGUUGAGGAAUGUAUUGGUUCCAAAUAUAUCUGUGAUAUCAUCAUUGCCGUUGCUAGUUUCACACGUUGUUGGUGGUAAUGGUGCCAUUAUUCUCUAUGAAGGUGAAAUUCGUGAUGUAUGGAUACAUCUGGCUAAUGCAGGUACAAUUCCAGUUGAGCAGGCACACAUAUCAUUAUCUGGAAAACACCAAGAUUCCGUUAUUUCAAUUGCUUUUGAAACUUUAAAAUCUGCUCUUCCUUUGAAGCCUGGUGCUGAAGUGAUCAUACCUGUGACCUUAAAAGCUUGGCAGCUUGGGGUGGUUGAUUCAGAUACGGUUAGUGGCAAGAAUGCAUCUGCAAGCAUGUUAAGGCAUUCCAAGGAUGGCAGCAGCCCCACUUUCUUAAUACAUUAUGCAGGGCCUGUGGCAAAUCCUGGAGAUCUCCCCAAUGAUUCUGCUAUACCCCCUGGUCGACGCCUAGUUAUUCCGCUGCAAAUCUGUGUUUUACAGGGCUUGUCUUUUGUGAAAGCUCGAUUGCUUUCAAUGGAAAUUCCAGCACAUGUGGGUGAAAAUCUUCCUAAACCAGCUGAAGUUGAUAACAACUCUACAGAGCCACCAGUUGAUACUAAAAGCAAGAUUGACAGAUUGGUGAAGAUUGAUCCAUUCCGGGGAAGUUGGGGUCUUCGGUUUCUUGAACUUGAGUUGUCUAAUCCAACCGAUGUAUUGUUCGAAAUUAGUGUUUCUGUCCAGGUUGAAAACUCAUGCCAAGGGGAAAACACAUCUGGUGACCAAAACGUUACCGAAUAUAGUUAUCAUAAAACCAGAAUAGACAGAGAUUUCUCUGCAAGAGUGCUAAUCCCCUUAGAACACUUCAAAUUGCCUGUUCUUGAUGGUUCAUUCUUUCGGAAAGAUAUUCGAGCAGACGGAAUGGCCAAUGCCAGAAAUUUGAGCUUCUCAGAAAAGAAUACGAAAGCUGAACUAAAUGCUUCGAUCAAGAAUCUAACAUCUAGAAUAAAGGUCAAGUGGCAAUCAGGACGGAAUAGCUUUGGAGAACUAAACAUCAAGGAUGCUAUACUCGCAGCCUUGCAGUCGUCAAUGAUGGAUGUAUUAUUGCCAGAUCCAUUAACUUUUGGGUUCAGGACAGUUAGCAAUAGUUUAGAAAGGAAAGAAUCUGAUCAGAAUCUUCACUCCGUAUCUCCCCAGAGCUCUUUGGAAGCACAUGAAAUGACUCCUUUAGAAGUUAUUGUUCGUAACAACACCAAGGAAAUGAUCAAAAUGAGUCUUAAUAUAACAUGCAGAGACGUAGCUGGUGAGAGUUGCGUUGAGGGUGCGAAAUCAACAGUCUUAUGGAACGGUGUAUUAAGUGGGAUCACCCUGGAAGUGCCUCCGCUUGAAGAAACUGCACAUUCUUUCUCAUUGUAUUUCCUUAUUCCCGGCGAAUAUACAUUGUCAGCUGCUGCUAUUAUCGAUGAUGCUACAGACAUACUCCGGGCUCGUGCAAGAACAAGUUCACCCGAUGAACCAAUUUUCUGCUGUGGACCUCCAUACCACCUUUGCGUUAACGGUACAGUGUGAGUUCCUUCUUCUUUCAUCUGUAUCAAUCGGUUAUCUCAUUAUAGCUGUUUUUCGAGGGAAUUAUUUAUCUCCCAGAUUACAGGAGCCAAGCUUUUAUUCGGUAAGGCAUGAGUACAUCGACAAAUUCUUUUCCAUUCUUCCGUUUGUAACCUUUGUGUCUUGCUAAAAGAGGGGGAAAAGACCCUGUCCAAUCUUCUUGAGUUGUUGGAUGGGGUUGUCAUUAGUUACACUUUGCACAUUGAAUUUCUCAAUCUCCGAAAAGAAACUAUUGAGUUGUCAUUCUGCUUUAA